ACCCGGCCAGAGGGUUCCAGGCACCCAUUGCGCUCGCUCGUACGGUUGGAACCGUAACGCGGCUCGGUGCGCAACCAUACACGCCAUACAAAAGCGACAGUUACGAAGGGACGCGCGUUUAGUCGUACGCAAUCAGUCGCCGUGUCGAUUUGUUUCCGUUCUGCCGUUUCCAAUAGGUCUGUUUGUGCAUUUGUGGUGGAUCGUGUUAGUAUUAUAGCAACGAAAUCGCACUGAUCGUGUACUGGUCACAGAGAGAGUGUGAUAAUGCUGACCCAUUAGAGUGCGAUCAAUCGAAUCAUCUUUUGGGAAAUCGCAAGAUAGUUUUUUUUGAAAAACAAACACGUUAAAGUGUGAUCACUUGCGCCCGGAAUAAGUGAAGAAAGUGAAAGAAUUUAGCAAGUGUAAUUAAACCCGAACAAGAAAAUGUUCCGUUUGCGUCCAUUUGUUGCCUGUUUAGGUGGUCAAUCGUCACUUUCGAUGCUGCUCGUGAUGCUGUUCGCAUCGGCCAGUAAUGCAGCCAACGUCUACACAUCCAGUUCGGGUGAAAUUCGUAGCAAUUCACCAUCGCAACACUGCACGGAUUUUAAUCCACAGCACGGACUUGAUAUCGAACAGAUUAUGGGCAUCUGGUACGGCAACGAAGUAAUCACGCACGAUAGUCGCGAAGAAGGUGAAGUGGUAUACAAGACCUGCGUUGUAAUCCACCUGGCAGACGUGACGAAUGAGACAACCUCGGUUUACGACCAUUCGUCGUCGUCGGUAUAUUCCGGCCGAAGCAACCCAUCGGGAACGAACUAUGAUCGCUUUGGGACGUCGUACGGGUACGGAUCAAAUGGUGGUCGAAGUGCGGGCAGCAUGUACGACCAGCAGCAGCACCAGCAGAACCGCCGUCAGCAGGGUGGCCUUGGAGGUCAUCAGUAUCAGCAGCAGGAACCACGCACCAUGCGUAAUUUGCGCUUGAUUUGGGACGAGUUGGAGCACACGCUCGAGUACACGCUGCGGUACAAUACGUCGAAGCCGGGCUUCUGGAUAUCGGCUUCUCCGCAGUCCGGAUCCAUGAUUCAGCUGCAGUAUGUCCAGUUUACCGGUACGGUGCAGGUGCUGAAAGCGAUCAACAACCAGCUGGUGCUUAACUUCUGUCAGAGUUUGCCCGGUGGUCAGCUGUUCACGAUCGUACUGUCACGCCUGCCGAUGGGAUUGGGACCGGAGGAUAUCCAAAGCAUUCGCAACCUGUUGAGACGUCGCGGCCUUUCGACAACCUCUGUGCGAAAAGUGUGCCAAAAUGGUGCCUUUCGGAGUGAUGUUUCGAUGAUCGCACUGGCGCUAAUGGCCAUUGUAACUGCCCUAGUCAAACGGUUGCACUAAGAGUACAUCGUCGAUCUUCGAUGCGAUCAUUAUCUUUACUUCUUCAUUUGUGCCAUCGUUUUUCAUUAGUGUCGGAAGCGCCAGCAUUUAAUUCACAACAAAAGCAUCACUUUCAUUUCAGUUUUCAUAUUUAUCUUUUUUCAUAACCAUUCUGGUACGCUUCUCAUGUGUUUUACUGGGAAUGUAGGGUCCCGAAUCAUUUUGCUCAUACAUGUGUAAAGUAUUUGUGAGUUUAAAUUCUUGUGUAAAUGUCCAUCGGUUGCCUUCUAAUUGUAAACCUUGCGGAAAGAAAUAAAUGGUACCGUUUGUAUAACGAGUUUGCAAAGAAAAUAAAACAAAAACCAGUCGGAAAAA